AGCCAUGUGGGGACAGGGCAUGGUUAACCACGAUGCAGUCAUCUCCCCCUUGCCCCUGGGCCCACCUCCAGCUGGGAAGGUGGCUGAAGGCAGUGAGAAAAUUCCCAGGAAUUCAACAGUGCACUAGGAAAACCCAGGUCACCCUACUGGUCCUCAGGAUCCUGGCAGGGAGAACUAUAGGCUUGAGGGGCCAUUUUUUUUAAUGGAGCAGGCAGGUCUGGCUCCUUGGCUUUGGGCUGCUGUCUCCAUAACCAGCCAAGCCACCCAGCUGGGCUUGCUGUCCUGUUGAGCCCACUGUGUCUGGACACCAAGAGCGGGGGCCAGUAUCCAUGCCACUCAUCCUGGUGGGCACCCUCCCAGGCCUGUGCUCAUGAAAUGAGAGAGCAGGCGACGUGGGCCCGAGUCCUGAGAAGUGGGAACAAAGGGCACUCUUGUUUGUUCUUCCCCACCUUCCUGGGCAGCAGGCCUGUGUCCCGUGCUUUUGAACCACUGAACCUUCUCCCUGUGGUGCUGAGAUAAUUUCCUGUCCCUGAGAUCUGGUCCGUAGCAAACCGCCACCAGCUCUCCUAUCUCAGUGCUCCCAAGACAUCUCAACCACUCUGGAGAGAAGCCUCUGUGGUGGGCCUCAGGGGUUAAGGUCUCAGAGGCCACUGGCCCCACCCCUGCCUGUGAUGACCCAACAAUCACUUAGGCUGCUGCAGGUGCUGCUGAGGGUGGGCUUUGUGAUGCAGGCAGCGCUGGGCUCCUGAGGGGGUGGGCUCAGAGACACCAGGCAGAUAAGCCUUCCUGCCACCAAUGAGCUCCCCCUCCCAUUCCCGGACUCCAUCCCCUACCCAGUCCCCUAUACAGUCCCCUACCCAGUCCCAGUCUGACGAGAUCCAGCAGCCCCCCUCCAGCUCUGGUGGCUCGGCCCCUUCCCCCUCCCCGAGCCAGGGGCCCUCCUCCCCCGCCCCCUCUCAGCACCCCACCCCAAAUGCCUCACAGCCCUCUUCCCCCCGGGCUUCCUCCCUGACCCCCAGCCCUCACAUCCAGCAUGUGCCGCGCAGAUCUGCCCAGGCCACUCCUCCCACCUCCAAAUCGGGCUUAAAAUUCGUUUCUCGAAACGCUUCCCAAACUCCCCCUGUGCCUCUCACCAAGUCCCCCUCCUACAUCGGACCCACGAGGGGCAUCCCUUCCUACAUCGCCCCAUACGUGCCCCGCAUCCUGAAGGAGCCCCCCUUCUUCCAGCCCCCUACAUCACCUCUCCCCCAGAGCCAGUGCUUCCCCCGCACCUCCCCCUGCCCAGCCCACCAGCGCCCAGUUCCCCCGGACUCUCUCUACUUUCCUCUCCUCCCACCCCCUCCCCACCACCCCCGGGUCACCUGCUCCUACCCGACCCCUCCUGCUCUGUUCACGCCCCCCUCCUCGCUCACCUACACCCCACCCACCGAGGUCCUGGUGAGCGGGAAGCCGCAUGUGGUCCCCACCUUGCUGCCGGCCACCUUCUACACCCCCUUCUCCCGCCACUACGCCCAGCCCCGUCCCUGCCGGCCGGCCCAGCACCGCCGC